AUGGCUUCCCCGAAUGAAGUCGAGGGGAACCCUGAAGAUGACCAUGACUCCAAACGCCCCGAGGCUUCAGCGAGCGGGAUGCACUUAGACCUGGAUCAUAUCACUGGCACAGACCGACCCAAGACGCAGCAACAGGAGGAAGAAGAGCCCAAGAAGAAGACCAAAAUCCGCAAGCGACGCGGACCUCGGGCUCAAACGAUCGAGGAGAUGUUCGCGACGCUCAGCAAUGUCCGGUCUUCGGGGUUGAAUCCACCACCCGAGCGAAUUGUGCUCACGCCACGCUCAGCUGAAGCGUGUCUGCGCUGUGGUGUAAAUCCUGAAACGCUGAAGAUUCGAGACUUGGACUCGUUUUACGACCCGGACGACACUGCUGCCGUCCAGCGCAUGCGUCACGAGGCGUACUCGCUACGGCGACAUGAGGAGAUGCUGGCGUUGAGAACUGAGAAGCGGAACUUGAUUGAGGCGGAGGACCGCGGGGCUGGAAAUGCAAUGCCAGCUCGACUGGUUGCUGUCGCUGGAUCAAAGAAAUCUGUCAGAGCAGCGCCAACGCGCACUACUCAAGACGCUGACGGACCCCCUUCGAUGUCGUCGGGGGCAUCUAGUUCCCCAGGUAAGAAGGGGUCGUCCGCAUUGUUGGAAAUCGAGCGACAACGACUGGAAAAGGUUCGACAGCGCCAAGAGCGCGAGCUGGAGCAAAUGCUGGAGUUUGAGAUGAAGAUGAACCGCCUGCAGCAGGAGGCUGCCGAGAAGAUGGAGCGCGAAAAGAGGCAGCAUGAGGCAAUGGAGCGCUCCCGGAUGCGCUUCGCCCAAGAGCUUGCGGCUGAAAAGCGAGCUCGGGAAAUCAAGAAGAAGGCUCAACUUGACGCUGAAGAAGAGCGACGAAAGGAGUUGGCAGCGCAUUUGGCUGCUCGGGAUCGUGCGUUAGCUGAGGAAAAGGCUCGGCAGGACAAACUACGGCGGAUCGAAGCGCGCGAACGGGAGGAAGAACGCAAAAUUAAGGCGGAAGAGCACCGAGCGCAAACAGAAGCUCUGCUUCAGGCCCAGCAGAUGGAGAUUCAAGCUCGGCUUCGUGAGCUAGACCUGGCAGAGAAGGCGCGCGAGGAAAUGGUCGAGCAACAGCGAGCGGAGCGCGCUAUAGCGAUGGAUGCUCGGCGUCGCGAGGUGACACUGCGGAUCCGGAAAAACCUUCGAGCUUCGAAGAAGCUGGAGGCGCAACGCAAGCGUGACAUCCAACGAAAGCAAGCCGCUAGCGAAGCACUGCGACGGGCUCAUGAAGAGGAAGAGCGCCGGUCGAGGGAGUUACAGGCGCAGCAGCAGUUGGCACUUGAGCGGAAGCGUCAAUUGGUGCUAGAGGAGGCCCGACGAGAAGAAGCUCGGAAGAAGGAGGAGCUGCUUCAAAGACAACGAGAGACCGACCAGAAUGUACAGCAGGUGCAGAAAACCCAGCAGCAUCAACGUGCUUUACGCAGUGAGUAUCGGAAGCUGCAGGCACAGUUGAAGCUCGACAAGGUGGAGAGGAUGAAGCGGAUUCAAGAGUAUCAGCGGUUGGAGAUGCUACGCAAAUUGCAAGACACCGAGGCCCGUACUCAGCACAUGCUGAACGAAAAGGAGUCACUCGUGAAUCGCCGCAAGCAGCUAGCUAUCAAGACCAAGAUUCAGCGCGAUCUGAUCAUGCGCACCAUGGAGAACGUCAAGAUCACGAAGAAGUGGCAUCAAGCCUCCAAGACUAUCGAAAAGGUGCUGAAUGGCGGCUCCACUAAUCGCUCCAUAGGCUCUCGCUCUCCUUCGCACUCCCCCACCAAGUCCAUCGGUAAGGAGCGUCCGAAGUCAAGCUCCAGUGUGGUGGGCCGGCAAACCUCGUUGCCAACACUUAGUAGACCAACUACACCUAUUGGAGCCGGCAACUCGAAUCAAGACCACCAGCAGUCAAAGGUGUUCCGCCCGCCGUCGCCACCUCCGACCAAAACGGCGUUCAAAUUCACAAAAGAGGCUCAGGAGGCUCAAACACGGAACAGCAGUGGCGCACAGCAGUACUUCUCUCCGUACGACGCUGUUCCCGGAGCCAGCCUCCCGAAGAAGGGCAAACACGUCCAGUCUGCAGUAUUCUAG